CUGAUUGGCUGCCUCUCGCUCUCCCGAGCACAGCCGGGGAGGCCUGCGGCUGCGCCUCUAAAGGCGCUACCAGUCGAGUCUUGUGCUGCUGCGUCCUGCUCCUCGCAGCCUCCGCGGGCUCUCUGGAAUCGUUGCAACCCUGCCGGCAUGUCUCAGGCUGAGUUUGAGAAAGCUGCUGAGGAAGUUAAACACCUCAAGACCAAGCCGGCAGAUGAUGAGAUGCUGUUCAUCUACAGCCACUACAAACAAGCGACCGUGGGUGACGUGAAUACAGAACGGCCUGGAAUGUUGGACUUCAAAGGCAAGGCCAAGUGGGAUGCCUGGAAUGAGCUGAAAGGGACUUCCAAGGAAGAUGCCAUGAAAGCUUACGUCAACAAAGUAGAAGAACUAAAGAAAAAAUACGGAAUGUAAGGGACUGGAUUUGGCUGCCAGCCACACAUUUCAUCUAAACUGUUAUAAUGCCUUGUUUUUCUAACACUGUGGAUGAAGUUAAUAAAUAACCAGUUAACCCUAUUGCUCAAGACAGCCCAGGAUAGGGCUCGAACAGACUAGGGGCUGGAAUGGUUACUGACCAUCGCAGAGUAGUUUUUAAUCUGAAGAUCAAUUAAAAGUACCUUUGUUACUUUAA